AUGUUGGGUGUCAUGCUCAUCCUGAAGAAAAUUUCCUUAAUAUUUUGCUCACAUUAUUGGGAUUCUGAGACAGGGGAAAAUGACAGCUUUUCUGGGAAAGGACACACAAACCAGGUUUCACGAAUGGCUGUGGAUGAGUCGGAGCAGCUGGUCAGCUGCAGCAUGGAUGAUACCGUGCGGUACACCAGUCUGAGCAAAAAAGACACCAGGUAACGUGUGUGUCAACCUCCACACAAAUAAUUUACUUUUAGCGUAACACAAAACGACCGUGCCAAAGUUUCGGGCCAUCUAAUUCUGCUGUGUUAAAGCACUAUAUCAGAAAACCAGAUAUCACAAGCAACUUUGGUUGUUCUUUCUGCAACCAACAUUAUCCUUGGUCGGCGCUAUAAAAAAGCACCAGUUUUACACUGGUGAGCAGAUGGGAUUGAUAAUGCGCAAUGGACAGUUGUGUUUCUCAUCUUAUAUAGCAAGUUAAAAUAUCAAUGCAAUGUAGGAAAAUAAAUAUGAAGUGUCUGAGAAUAAAAUAUUCUCCACCAAAUGUGUAAGAAAAAUAUAAGCUGCUGCUCAAAAUAUGUGGGAUGUGCAAAAUGUUCUCGGUUGCCCUUUAAUGUGCUCUAAGUACCAAAUGCUAGUUCAUUUUUUUAAUUGGUGAAGUAUAUUGCACCUUGACUACUACAGCUUUCCGUUGUCCCACCUUGGUCCCUUUACAUCUACCCUGCUGCCCAAAUUGCCCAUCUUCCUGAUAACAAAGUACCACUCCUUAAAUCUCCAUGCUUCGUAUCUGCUCUCAGGUCCUUUGGUUCUGUUCUUGCCAGUGAUUUCAGCUCCUUCAGCUAAGGAAAAAAUUCUCUCCUUUUUCCCUUUCCUUUUUCAGUGGCCAGGAUGUUAUUAAAAUGGAUGUUCAGCCCAAAUGCAUUGCAGUUGGACCUGGUGGGUACGCAGUGGUGAUAUGCAUUGGAGAGGUGCGUAUCAGGAAAAAUGGAUUGUAUUGUAAUGCAAUAUAGGACUGUCAUCCUAACCCCACUUACCUGGGAGUAAGACCCAUUGACUUCCAUAGGACUUACUUCCGAGUAGAUGUGGUUUGGAUUGCGUAAUAAGUUUCUUAACCAUAAUGCACACUUUAAAACUUGUUUUGAAAGUGUAGCAGGUUAUUUCUACUUGGAUUUCUCAUGGUGCUAUUUAAAGUGAUAUUUGGUAACUGGUUUGUAGUGCUUGGAUGCAGAAGCGUUACUGGGUACUGGAACGAGAGCACAGGCUGAUGACAUUAUUACUGAGGCGGGCGGGGGGGCGGAGUUUAUGCUAUUUUACACUGAUGUAAAUGCAAGCCAACUUUUUUUCCUUUUUUGAGGGGUGAACAAACUCUUGCUGCUGGGCUUGCUCUGUCGUGGCAACACACAGAAACACACACAUGCUCCCUGCCACACCCAUUGAGCUCUUACAUUUGCCUCUAGGCAAAUUAAGGUUGUGGGUGGCUGUGUCUCAUUGGCACUGUGGUUUGCAGUGCGUUAACAGGGGCUGCAGGAAUCGAGAGACACAUUGGCUGGCUUCACGGUUUUCCCACAUUGUGAUUUUUGCAUAUUGCGCAAGCAGAUACACACACACAUCAUGUGUCACGAUAUAUUGCCAGGUCAAAAAUUAUGAACCCAAUAUAAUGAUAUGGAGUAUGAUAUAUCUAUAUAUUGCCCAGCCCUAUAAGGCAGCAAUAAGCAAUGCCUUCCAUUUGCAAGUGUCUCUCACUGCUCUGGACAUGUGAAGGGGUCCUUUGGACUGAGUGGGGAAGCCUCCUGUAGCAUGUAGUGGGACAUAAUUUUCUAGGCAGUACCUCAAUGUGAUUUGCAUACUCCUCGGAUUACAGAUCGUUCUGAUGAAGGACAAGAAGAAGUGCUUUGCAAUUGAUAACCCUGGCUUUGAACCAGAAGUGGUAGCAGUUCAUCCUGGAGGCGGCAUGGCAGCCGUCGGAGGAACAGUAAGGGUUUUAUUUUCCUCUUUAAGGUAGCCUUUUCUGCUCAUUAAGCACUUGGCAGCUCCCACAGUGUGGCAACACUUGUGGAAACAUUUUCAGUAUAGUAAUUUCAGAUGCUCUCUUAGCUUCAGCUCUAAUUAUCCCGUAAAUUGCUUCUGCCAUUUGCCCUCCUCUUUCUCUCCAAUAAAUGUGCUGUUCCUAUACCUUAAUAACGGAUGCAAAAGCAGCAAUUGGGUGUGAACUGUUUCUGGUGCAAGGCUUGAGAGAGGUUUCUCACCCAUGGCAGUAAAAGAUCUGAAAGCCAGCAAGGCCGUUCUGGGCACUCUGAGGAGAGCUUGACUCUUGCACAUAUUUUAACUUCCAGGAUGGAAAAGUGUACCUGUAUGCAAUCCAGGGGACUUCUUUAAAGAAAGAGGAAAAGACGCUGGAAGCAAAAGGUCCUGUGACUGACUUGGCGUAUUCUCAUGAUGGUGCCUUUCUGGCAGUGACCGAUGCAAGCAAGGCGGUCACGGUGUUUAGCGUUGCCGAUGACUAUGCGGUAAGCAGGACUUAGUUCUGUUUUUUGUAUACUGUAUUGUUUUAUUGCUGUGGCCGAUGGCUGACGCAAAUAAAGAUUCCUUCAUUCAUUCAGUGUAGAAACCUUGCACAUAGAUCAAAUAUCCCUCAUGGGCAGGUUUAUUUAGUCAUAAAAAUGCUGUUGAAGCAAGACUUAACACUUUGCGGGGUCUUGCAAAUACAAAUGGAAAACAACUUAGUAAGUGGCAGUGGAAGAACUGAGUGCUGUCCUAAUUAAUUUAUAUUAUUAAAGCCUCUCUUGGAAUCUGUUGCCCCUCUUUAGAUUGAAUUGGAAUUUAUUCAGUAGUUCUUGCAUUGGGUUUUAUUAGUUUCUGUGCAAUUAGAACAUAAAGAGCUUCGAUUUUUUUACCAAUGGUUAAUUCAUUUUUAGGAUUAAAAAUCAGUGAUUGUCUUACUUUCACUUUCUCAAUAGGAGCAUAAUAUUUUCUAUGGACACCAUGCGAAGAUUGUUUGUAUUGCCUGGUCACCAGAUAACGAGCACUUUGCUUCUGGAGGAAUGGAUAUGAUGGUUUAUGUUUGGACAGUGAGUGACCCAGAGACUCGAGUUAAAAUACAAGGUAACAGUAUAGCCUUCUCAUUACGGAGAAAUCUAAAGUGCUGUGUUCAUCGUUAAUUGCAUUCUUGGAAUAACAGAAGUUGGGGAAUAGUGUUUUUGAGGGAAAUCACGGGGCUAAAAUUAUCCUGAAGGAUGAAGACUUGUAAACAGAUUUUUCAACAUCAAGGCCGCAAUUCUGCCUGAUACAGAGCGGCUGCUGUUAAGCCCUUAGUGUCGCCACUUCUUCCCCUGUCAUGUGUGCUGCCAACUCCUUCCAGCGGCUCUUGCCUGUGUGUUGGGGUCUCCCAACAGAAGUGAAGUCAUGCAUAGGGGCUGAGUGAGGGGGUUGUGCAGGUUGGUGAGGCUGGAAGAUGAGUCUAGAAGAGCCUUGAGUAGAAAUUAAAGACCUGACCAGUGUGUUGCCAUCACACUGCGCGCAAGAAUGGCACAGGGGUCCCUGGUGAGCAAACAUCAAGGGUGCUGGGAGGGGAGUUCAUCCACAAGCCCUGGUAUGAAAGGUAUGUUCCUGCUAAACUUUUUAAGAGCAAAUUUGGAAAGAGAUUGGUUGCAUCAAUUUACCUUUUCUGUUGCUUCUGUCAGAUGCCCACAGAUUACAUCAUGUAAGCAGCUUGGCGUGGCUGGACGAACAUACCUUGGUAACAACAUCUCACGAUGCAUCUGUCAAAGAGUGGUCCAUUUCCUACAAAUAA